UCCGCUUGCGCGUUCUCGUCUGUAGGGCGGAGCGGAAAGGAGUCAAAUGUAAAGACACCAGCUUUGCAGUCCCAAACCUGGGCUGCUGACUCCCACCCAUUCCGAAUUCUAGCAACGCGCAGGCGACAGGAACGUGGCUGUUCCAGGGAGAGGAUUCGUUCUGCGCCGGGGCCGCUUAACCCCGCUCGGCAGGUGCAAGUGCGCAUGCGCGAGGCGGGCGCCAGGUGGAAGUGCGGCUGGCCAGAGGAGCCUUGCCGUUGCCAGGUAUCCCAUGUUUGAAGAUGCCAGCUACUGCAUAUGAAAGAGUGGUUUACAAGAGCCCCUCAGAGUACCACUACAUGAAAGUCUGCUUAGAGUUUCAAGAACAUGGAGUUGGACUGAAUGCAGCCCAGUUCAGACAGCUGCUUGUUUCAGCCCUGAAGGACCUGUUUGGGGAGAUUGGUGCUGCUUUGCCUGUGGAUGUCCUAACCUAUGAAGAGAAGACCUUGUCAGCCAUCUUGAGAGUAUGCAGCAGUGGUCUGGCUAAAUUGUGGAGCUCUUUGACCUUGUUCGGAGCCUAUAAAAACAAGAAGUGUGCUUUCAGAGUGAUUCAGGUGUCUCCCUUUCUCCUUGCAUUAUCUGGUAAUAGCAGGGAACAAGUAUUGGAUUGAAUACUCUUACA